UUUCAGGUCGUGGAAUGCAAAUGUAUUGUUUAGCUCCACACCUUCAAUAAUAAUUCGGCUCGAAAUCUUCGAGAUAACAAUAGAUGGUCGUGGAUAAUUAGUAAACACCAAUUGUUGGUCAGUGCGGGCGCGCAGGCUCAGUGGAAAAUAACAAAUUGGGUGCACAAAAUUAAUCUUGGACGUACUUUCGUGAUUCAUGCUCAGGUGGAAAGCUGGUGAAAUGUGCCCUUGUGUGGAACUGUCCUCAAUGCAGGAUUGUGACGGAUCAAGGCAUUGAGUUGGUAGUUCUAGUGUUGUGUUCUAGACGCCCUCCAUCGGUCAGUGACGGUCGUGAUGAUGCCAUCAGUGAAGGUGGUGGUAUGGGGGCUGGUCUGCUGCUGUCUAUUAUCCCAGUUUGGACUGUUUGUAUCAGGAUACGAGGACUCGCUGGCGACAGCGCGCGACAACACGGCGGUGUGGCGACAGCGGCGGCGCGGCGGCGGCAGGGCGCCCGCCUGCCAGCGACAACCCUCGUACGUGUGCGAGGAACCACCCAACACGAUACCGGCGUCCAGUGGAAAAUACUGUGAUUUUCGCAACGAUCUGCACCCCGAGCAGGUGUACCGCUGGGUGGCGGGGCGCGGCUGCCUGCGGUUCACUCCGGACCAGCUGUUCGUCGGCGGGCGGAUCCCCUUCGACCUGCGCAUCGGAUGCUUCUACGGAGAACACUUCGCGCCUUGCUUGGAGCUUGAGAAAGAAGACGGCAAAUGCGGCUGCUACCCCUACGACCCUCGCCUGGAGCAGGUCACCCAGGCGGUACGCGCGGCGCUGUUGCCCUCAGUCCGGGGGCGCUGGGAGCAGUGCGUGUAUGAAGCCGAGGCUUGCUGCGACCAGUACAUGAAUAAGGACAUGCUGCCGGCUUUUGUUUUGGGGAGAGAAUCAGGCACAUGCCGCGGCACGUGGGACGGCUGGUCGUGCUGGGCGAAGGCCGAGGCGGGCUCCGUGGUCGCCCAGGUCUGUCCUGACUUCGCCUACUCCAACAGCGGCCCGUCUUGCGAACACUACAGCAGCAAGCAAUGCAACCCCAACGGCACGUGGAGCGAGCAGACCGACUAUUCCACCUGCAGCGUGGCCCCCCGACUGCUGCGCCGGUACCGCUUCCACAUCGCCCUCCUCUCCGCCUCCAUCGCCGCCUGCGUACCAGCCGUCCUGGUGUUUGUCGUCUACCGUCGCCUGAGGGUCACUAGGGUCGCUCUGCACAGGAACCUGUUGAUUGCGAUCAUUGUGAGGAAUGUCGCGGUUAUUGUCAGUCGGACUGAGAUCUACAUAGACGAGCUAUCAUCCAGCACCACAUCAUCAGUGCUGUCAGCCAACGGCGUGGGGUGUCGGAUACUCGCGGCCCUGGAGCGGGCGUCUGUCAACGCGGUGUUCGUAUGUAUGCUGAUAGAAGGAGUGUACCUGCACAGGCUGAUUGUGGCCGUGUUCAAGAAGAAGAUCAGCGAACGGUUGUUGUACGGGGUUGGGGCAGUAAUAACAAUAGUCCCAGUAAUCAUCUGGGCGGCACUAAUGGCUAUCUACAACGACCAUUCGUGCUGGGUGGUGUACUCGGUGGCCAACAUCCAGUGGGUGCUGGACGCCCCCCGUAUCGCCAUCCUGUUAGUCAACACGCUGCUGUUCCUGGAUAUACUGCGCGCGCUGCUCACGGCUAAGAUACGGAAUGCGGAGAGCACUAAUCAACUAAACACAACAAAAGCGACCCUCUUCCUGAUGCCACUGUUCGGCACGCAGUUCCUGCUGACCGCGUUCCGACCGCAGACCGCGUCGUGCGUUCUCGAGCAGGCGUACUACUACUGCACGUACUCGCUGGAGAGCCUGCAGGGCGCCGUGGUGGCGCUGCUCUACUGUUAUGCUAAUAAGGAGGUACACAACCUAGUAAAAGCAACCUACAAGAAGACCGAAGAGUCAGUUGUCUCCAUCGUGAACCGGGACGGCAACUACCGGCGAGCCACCAAGGCUGCCUUCAGCUCCUCAGCACACUCCAGCGACAAGGAACUCUACCCUCGAGACAACCCUGCACUGCACACGGCAGAAAUCAUCUCUAUCAACCCUUCAGAACGAUUCGCAGAAAUACUAGAACCGGUUUACGAGACUGUCGUCCCUUGUGUCAAUGAAGGGUAUGACUCGCUGGAUCGAAUGGAAGUGGAACUGGAUCCACGGAAAUUGAAGAACUAUGAUACGUCGAGUGGAUCGUUUGAGGUGCAAGAUUGGGUGGGGGAUAUAUCUGCUCGGUCAAGCUCUUGUGAUGGUUCUUUAGACUACAACGGUUUGGACGACAAAUGCGGUCACGGUGAUGCAGAGUUGGAUCGUUUUAGUGAUGCGUGUGAAAGGAAUCCCAGGGUUUCAACUGAUAGUAUGAUGUUUGAUGAGAUCAUGCAGAUUGUGGAGUUUGGUGAGUCCAGUGGUGUCUUGUUGGACCCUAGCUUGCUGUCGCCUAAUAGGAAAACUGAAGAUAAAAUUGUAUUUCUUGAUAACUGAUUAGAGAUCACGCACCUGCCUAACAUUGGAUGACAGUUUAUUGGGACUUUCGUUCCAUCCUUGCGAAUUUGUACAGAUUGGAGUAUACGUAUAGAUUAUUCGUAUCGUAGAGGUAACUAGCUACAGUGGCUUCGACGAAAAUGCGUCAUCUGAUGAUUGAAUUUGAGGUGACUUCCAUACACAAGACUAUUGUGUUCUAUGACUGUGAAGGCUUCCAAUACAUACCUGACAAACUACAACACAAUUUAUUAAUUCCUUACUUGGUACUACUUAAUGUAAUAAC